CUUUGUUGUGAGAAGUAUGACAUGUCUACAAAAAUCUAAUUUUAUUUUUCUUGCUGUAUUGGCCGUUUUUUCGUACAAUGAAGGUUUGAAUGAAUGUUUCCGCGAUCGCCAGUGUCUUGGAUCAAAAGUCUGCUGUCGUAGAUCUUCUACUGAGGACAGUGUUUGCCGAUACAGUUGUAUUAAAGAAUCUUGCGAUCACACGUCCGAUUGUGGCGGAGGUAGUUUAAGAUGUUGUGGUUUAGGUAAUAGUAAAACGUGCGCCUUUAAUUGUUCUGACCCGUGUUCCUCUCACAAUGACUGUAUAACGGGUGAAUAUUGUUGUGGCUCAUAUCUUAAAAGUGUAAGCAAAUGUGCCAAGUCUUGUGUUGGACAGUUGUGUCGAUGGAGUCAUGGAUGUGCGUUGGGUGAAGCCUGCUGUUCCCGUCCCUCUAAUACUCCACAAAAAUGCAAUAGAGUUUGCAGUGGAGCAACGUGUUUGGAUGAUUUCAACUGCGCCUCCGGUGAGACUUGCCGUGGUGAUUUUAUUAAGAGAUGUGUGACAACCCGUAUUGGAAAAUCAUGUGAAGGGCAUGCCGACUGCGCAUCGGGUGAAUAUUGCUGUGCUUCUAACAAGACAUGUGGCUUAAACUGUAUUGGAAAAUUGUGCACCUUGGAUAGUGGUUGCGCAUCAGGAGAAAAAUGUUGUGGUGUUGAUAAAAAGCAGUUUGGCAAAUGCGCCAAAUCAUGUCAGGGUCGUGGAUGGCCAUGCACAAGAAAUAGCGACUGUACAUCUGAUGAAUUUUGCUGUCGUUCUGAGAACAAAUGUGAUUUAAACUGUCUUGGGAAAUCCUGCACUCUUCAUAGCGACUGUGCAUUGGGUGAAUCUUGCUGUGAAUACAACAACAAAUGUGCUCACAAUUGUAGAAAAAAAUCGCACGGAGGAGAAUGCGGCGAAAGAUGUAAAGACAGGCAAGAUGGCGGUGACGACAUUGGUAUGGCAAGAGGGAUCAUAGCAGUUAUUGUCGUUUCUGGAACUAUUGCUUUUGGUAUACCUAUUGCCAUUUUCGUGUAUUAUUUACGACGUACAGGAACGUAUUGCUGUUGUCCCCCACAACGAGAGCGGGAGUUGCGAGAACAACAUCGACAAUAUCAACAACAGCAACGACAACGUCAAGAACAACAGCAACGACAAGAACAACAACAACAGCAACAACAACAACCUGUUCAUCCAGAACAGCAAAUGUAUGUCACAAAUCCAGCAUAUGAAGAACACCCACCAUCAUAUGAAGAACCCCAACCACCACAUGAAGAACCCCAGCCAUCGUACGAAGAACCCCCACCAGCAUAUGAAGAACUCCAACCACCAUACGAAGAACCCCAGCCAUCAUAUGAUGAACCUCCGCCAGCAUAUGAAGACGUGAUUCAGCAAUUAUGAUAACCCCAAAAUUAAGACCCACGAUGACAUAAAACUGAUUAUGCAAAGGAUCGAUUAAUAACGACCAAUCUAUAUGGACGUGUAACUAUAUAAUAUGAUUACAUUCACGAUCUAACGUUUCGACACUCCGGUCUAGUGUCCUCAUCAGGGGUGAUCCGAUGCUGAAACUCAGGUCCUUAUAUACUCUCAACAUGACGUCACCUAUCAAUCAGAUGUAAAUAUUCUUUUGGCCGUGAAUGUAGUGUAUUCUUUGGUCGUGAAUGUAAUCUUUGUGUGGUGAAUUACGUUCAUUAAUUAAGCAAGAGUAGCGAUAAUUGCGAUGGAUGAUAUACCUGGUUGCCGUGAACUUAUUAACUUCAAAAACGUUUCCGCAAAUUUUACAUCACACGGGGAGAAAAGGGAGUAGACUGAGGGUAGUUGUCUACGAACAAGCAAAAAAUGGAAGGUUUAAAGCCACAGGAAACACUUUU